AUGCGAUAUUGUUCGAUAAACACGCAAGAAAGAGGUGAACAAGGUCGAAUGGACGAUCUUUGGAGCUUGCUGUACAUAUUGGUGGAAAUGAGGGGACAAUUGCCGUGGGCCUUUGCAACAGCUGUUGCAUCGUCGCGAAAACAAAGAAAUAAACUGCUGAUUGCGAACCGUAGACGAGAACAACCGCAAGGUGCCAUACGAUUUAGUGUCACUGUUUACAUAAUACAAAGAUAG